AAUAGUCCUGAUCACAACUGCAUCAUGAAGUAAACGCAUGCUCUAUUGAUGAAAACGUUACUUGCACAGUAUAAAAGUGGUAUAAAGAUCGAGUGAGGACGACGAUAUGGAUAUGAUACAAAUCACGUUGUUUUUUUGUUGUUAUUCAAUUUAUAUUUCUGCUGCAAUGACUUUAAUUCGUCAUCAACGUCUUUCAAGUAAUCCGGCUACAGCAACCACCUAUGAACAGCGACGACGACGUUUGCGUUUGCUAGGAAUUUCUAAUUCCUCAACACCGCUUUCGACGAUAAAUUGGUCAGGUCAUCGUGUACAAGGUCACAAUAGAACGCACAACACUUGCUCACCGCUGGUUGGACACGAUUUGAACAACAAUCCGCAACACCGCCGUCAACUGCUGCAAUCUGACGGCGAUGAUAACGGCGGAGAACGUUUUAAAAGGUACUUUGUCGGAGCGUUUAUCUUUAAAAGACCAGAAGAUGGCGAGCUAGCAUUACACGUGUUCGAACAACACAAAGUGCAGGUACGUUACAGCGAAAAGGAGUAUGAGCUGUUGAAUCGCGUAUCCAGCGAAUACUCGGCAAAGGCAAACGGAAGUUCAAACUUUAUUACCAGUGUAUAUUUGAUGCAAAAGUAUGAACCCGUUGCUAGUUCAAGCCAGGGUAUUUCUUUGAUGAAUGUUCAAGAUUCCAGCGGUCAAAUAAUCAUAACACGGCAAACUCAAGCGAACAUGGAAUUUAAAAGAAAAUUUGUUCCCCUGUUGACCCAUGAAUAUUCGCCGGGCACUGACAAAGAAAUGUGCAAUCUGGAAACAUUCUAUUCUUCAGUUGUUUUCAAUGUGAACUGAAGUGAUUUUUUUUUCUUUCCUACAGUAUGUUUCCGUUAGUGUUUUCAUAAGUAAAAUUAUUUUUAUCCGUUUCAAAAAGAAACCUUAAAAUUUCAACAUUAACUUAGUUAACUACAGAUCGUGGAGCAGGACGUUCAAAUACGUUUGCGUUCUUUCAGUUUCAAAGUAAAAAUAUCUCAUUGUAACAAAAUAAUAUAUUCUACCAUUUAUUCUUUUUUGGUUUCAUAAUAAAUAAAUCCAUUGAUUCAA